GUUACGCCCACUUUAUCCACAUGUCCAUGUUGUUCUCUUUUUACCCUAUCUGAGUAUUCAUUGUUUGCAUCAAAGGUUGCAGCUCAACUGAUAUCAAUAGCAUUAGGCAUGAGUGUGUGGUGAAGGAUGUUUUACAUCCACAGUCUGAACGAUUUAUGAAUUUCUGGUUUCAUUGACGACGCAACUGGAGUGUCUUGUAUUUACAUGUGACUGGGCAAUGUGGUGGUUUUUUUUGGGUUAUAUUAGCUGGAGUAGGAUAUUAAACUUGUGUGUGAACGUAAAUUGGCAUAUAUGUUCCUGGCCCUGUUUGUUUAAGUAUCUGAACGAGAAAUUCAUGUAGGGUGAUACUAGAAUGAACUGUUGUAGAUGAGUUUUGUGCAAGGCAGUUGCCUGUUUUCCUUUCUACAUUGGCCGUAGUGGGAUGGGGUGAGUGUUAGUGCAGCCCUGCAUGGUAAUAGAGUCAUCAAGUGGUGAGUGGCUAGUGCAGCCUUGUGUGAGGAUUGUGCAGAAAACCUUCUUCGUGCAGAGUCAUUCCUGGUGCUAGGAGUCCAGUUAAUUUGGUUUGAGAGGGAUCUCGGGUGCAGUAUUGUCUAGCACGUUAGUAGGUUUUGGUGCAUGAGAAUCCAGUGCAAUGACAUGUGAGUGGCCGUGAGUUGAGUGAAGGGUAGGGAGCAUUCCUGAAGUGAGUCUGCAGCUUAAAACCUGUCCAGUAUGAUGCGGUAGUGGUCCAACGCAGUAGACUGUUAGGAUGGUAGUUGCAGCAGUCACCAUAGCUAGUAUAAAGCCUACGUUUGGGGAAAAAAAUUUUUUGGAUUGUAUAAACUGAUGAAAACUUUGUUUUAAACCAAUCAUUGAACACUAUUUAGGCCUGAUGCAGGGGCUGUUUGUCUCUUGAAUGUGUUGCUUUUGGGGUGCUGUUUCGAAGUGCAUGUUUGAGGAAAAAUUGGUGUUGCUGUUGUGUACAUUAUGACUAAUUAUCUUGUCUAGUGUGCUAUAUGUUAUAUGUUUUAUUGUGUUAAAUUUUGAUCUGUUUGUAAGCAAAUUGGAGCACGAAAUCAGUGGGUGAAAGGGGCAAAGUUGUCCUGUUAAAUGGCUGUUUCAUUCAGAAUCUGCUUUAUUGGAGGUGCUGUCUUGAGUUAUAUGUGUAAGGAAAAGUUGGUGUUUAAGUGCGCUUUAAAAUUGUGAUCUUGAUAUGGUUUAGGGUACUAUAUUUUGUGAUAAGUGGCUGUGUUAGUGUUUAUAUAUAUAUAUAUAUAUAUAUAUAUAUGCGUGCUGCAUGAUGAAGAAAUUGGAGUGGUCAAGGGAGAAUUGUGCUGGACAGUGUAAGUAUAUUGUUGUAUAAGGUUUCAGAUGAUGGAAAACUACUCCUGGAUUGGUGUUUUGGCGCUGAUAUAUGCAGCAAAGUCUGGUAAACUGACGCAUAAGCGGAAUUGGAUGCUGAAAUUGCUAUGCUGGAAAGAGCUGAGCACUGUUUGGAAGGCUGGAACGUGACCAGCGCUGGUGUAUCUGCUGCAGGGGCAUAAAUCACGCUGUUUUCCUUUAAUUAGUGCAGAGGGGUUGUUUUCUUUCACUGGUUUUGGUAGAGUUAGAAAAGCAAAAAUAUGUCUAAGUGGGGCAUGUAUUGGUAUUUGGAGGUGAUUCUCAUAGGCUAAAAGCUGCUGGACAGAUUGCUAGGAGGAGUAGGAAGAAAUUGAUAUUGCAAGUUUUCUCUUCAAAUUGGGCAGUGCCAGUCAGCUGGAUUCAAUAAAGGUCAUCCGUGUAUCAAUGCCAAAGUGAACACCGGUAAAAUGGCUUCAUACAAAGAAUUACCAAGAACUGCUCAAAUUCGCCUUGUAAGUUCCCAUCAGGAGGUUUAUGAACCAUGUGAUGAUUCUUUUGCACUGGUUGAUGCUCUUCUAGCUGAUCGCAGUAACUUGCUGGAACAUCAUCCAUCAUUGUGCAUAGAGAUAGGCUGUGGAAGUGGAUAUGUCAUCACUUCCCUCGCUCUUAUUCUGGGGCAGGAAGGUUAUGGUGUCAACUAUUUUGCGACCGAUAUCAACCCUCAUGCAGUGGAGGUGACCCGAAAGACUAUGGAAGCACAUGGGGUUGGUGCUGAGUUGGUAGUAACAGAUAUUGCAGCUGGACUAGAGGAGCGUUUGGCAGGGUCGGUUGAUGUUAUGGUUGUGAACCCUCCUUAUGUGCCUACCCCUGAAGACGAAGUUGGUGUUGAAGGUAUUACCUCAUCUUGGGCCGGUGGGGAGAAUGGCCGAAGUGUUAUAGAUAAGAUUUUGCCAGUUGCAGACCGCCUUUUGUCAGAAAAGGGAUGGCUAUAUAUGGUGACCCUCACUGCAAACAAUCCUUCUGAUAUAUGCCAACAAAUGAGAAAGAAAGGAUAUGGUUCUAAGAUUGUUGUCCAAAGAUCCACAGAGGAAGAAAGUCUCCAUAUAAUCAAGUUCUGGCGGGAUUUUGAUAUUGGAAAGGAUGAACCAAACCGAUCUGCUUCUGGGUUCAUAGGCUCCUUGCUUACACAUGUUCCUUUGUUUUCAUUUUGGAGAGGCACCAAUAGUGACAACAAGUGUUGAUUGAAAAAACAAAUGAUUUCUUUUGCUAGGAUGUUUUGUCUGACAACUGUUAUGUUUGCAUUGCCAUGGCAUUCAGAAGGCCUUAUAAUUACAACGACCAAUUCUCCCUGUUAGUUGAGGUCAGCUUUGUGGAUCAAUUGACUAGCAUCAAAACAUUGUGAAAAACUAAUUUUUCACUAAAAACCACUUUUAGCAAGGUC